UCAACAUCAGAACAUUUUCCAUAUAGGACUUAACAACAAAAGACAUUCAGCGCUUUAUUGAAAUAGCCUAAGCUUACGCUAAUAUUCUAAUUAGUUAAUUUAUUCACUGACUCCACUCGCCGGUCACAACAAUUCGAAAAUGCCAUUUCUUGGACAAGACUGGCGGUCACCUGGUCAAAGCUGGGUAAAAACAGAGGAGGGAUGGAAAAAAUCCUCUCAGGACGAAAAAAAUAAUAAUGUUUCUGAGUUGAAGAGCUUUUCCAAAGAGGAGAUUUAUUACAAAGAGAACCUGUUGCUCUCACUGAACUAUGAUGUGGCUGCUAAGAAAAGAAAGAAGGACCUCCUAAAUAACAACACCAAGAUUCCCUAUUUCUACAAAGACAAAUGGAUAUAUGUACAUAAAGGGAGCACAAAAGAGCGCCAUGGAUACUGUACUCUGGGUGAAGCCUUCAAUCGGCUGGACUUCUGCAGUGCCAUUAGGGACACCCGGCGUUUCAAUUACGUUGUGAGGCUGCUGGAGCUGAUUGCCAAGUCUCAGCUGCCGUCUCUGAGCGGAGUGGCACAGAAGAACUACAUGAACAUCCUGGAGAGAGUGGUGCAGAAAGUUCUGGAUGACCAGCAGAAUGUGCGGCCCAUUAAGGAGCUCCUGCAGACCCUCUAUGUGUCCCUGUGUGGCCUGGUCCAAGACAUGGGCAAGUCGGUGCUGGUGGGCAACAUCAAUAUCUGGGUGCACCGCAUGGAGAACAUCCUGCAGUGGCAACAACAGCUGGACAACAUUCAGAUCAACAGGCCAACCACUACAGGGAUGACCCUGACUGACCUUCCUACCAGCCUCCAGCUCGACAUCAUGCGGCGCCUCUCCGACGGGCGUGACAUCGUCAGCCUCGGCCAGGUGUGCCCGGACCUCGGGGUGAUGUCAGAGGACCGGCUGCUGUGGAAGAACCUGUGCCAGUACCACUUCACAGACCGACAGAUCCGCAAGCGUCUAAUGGUGUCUGAUAAAGGCCACCUAGAAUGGAAGAAGAUGUAUUUCAAGAUGAGCAGGUGCUACCCUCACAAGGAGCAGUACAGCGACACCCUGCAGUUCUGCACACACUGCCACAUCCUCUUCUGGAAGGACACAGACCACCCAUGCACAGCCAACAAUGCAGAGAGCUGCUGCGUUCCAGUAUCUCCGCAGGGCUUCAUCAAUCUCUUCAAGUUCUGAGGGGGAAGUCUGCCAUCAGCAUGUGUAUAUAUUGUCAAUAGUGCAAUGGAUUCCUGGAUGCCUUGAGACUGGGUAGGGGAAAAGGCCUGGAUGGGUGAGGGGAGGGGGGGGGGGUGGACAGAUGUAUUAUAAUUUAUGUUUUCACUGGUGGGAAGAGAGACAUGAGAUACAGUGAAUGUGAAAUAGAACGAUAAGAGAAUGUAUCACUUGGAAGAUGCAAUUUUGUCUUGGAGAUAUUUUGUGUUGAUACCACAGUAUCUUCCUCAACAAGUGGAAUUUAUGGACUAACCAAGAAGUGAUUUUCCUUUGCCGUAACUUCAAGAAGUGAUUUAAUUGAAUGGAAUCAGGUGUUUUAGUCAACAAAUACUUGAGUAACAGAUCGUUUCCAGAUAUUCUGAAAGGAAAGUGUGGUUUUGAAGUCAGAAUAAGCAUGAUGUGUGUGUGUGUGUCUGUAAGAGAAAAUAGGUGUGUUUACCAAAAAAGGGCCUUGUAAUAUGAUGCGUGCAAUACUUUUCUAAUUUACUUUUGUGUUUUUCUUUUUUCACUUUUAUACUUUUCUUAUUGAGUAUGAAUGUGUUAAUUUGUUGGGAAUGACAGGAGUUCUUGUACACUGUUAAAUAACAGAUUCACUAAGUGCCUGAAAGUAUCGCAGAUAAUCCUGAGAAAUUCCAUUUUUUGUUGGUUUUAUAAGCAAGUUCUAAAAACUAUGACUAUGACAACUUUGAGAUCUUGGCUGACGCACCAUCCUCCUUAUUAGGAAUAUCUAUAGAGAGCAUAUUUACAACUUAAUGGUUGGCAAAGUCUUGGUGGCCACAUGCAUGAUGCAGAAUUAUACCCCAAAUCGUUUCUGUUUUCUCGUUGUUAUUAACUGAACAGUAUUACGUGGUAUAAAAGCAAAACUUAAUUAUAGAUGGCAACUGCAUUAAUGCACAGGAGUUUCCUUAAAUAUGCAAUGAGAAAUUACUAAAGAGUGUCAUGGGGGCUAUUUGUGAAAUAAAUUAUUUGAAAACAUUCAA